UUUAUUUCUUUAGUUUAAAAGAAAAUCAAAAAAUAAUAUGAAUGAAUGAGAAAGAAAGAUGGAGGCAAGAGAAAUGGAGGAAGCACUGAAGGUGUUGGACUCUUCUCUUUCUCAAAUCAAAUGGCGUCUCAAAUUUCCAGCCAAGCGUCGUCUCCAAUUAGAUGUCUUAGCUUUGUGUACUGGAAUGAGACCAGUUGUGAUGAUAGACUAUGGUGGGAAGAUGCCUGAACUGCAACAGCGGCUUUGUGCACUUCUGAAACUGAUUCAAACGGAAUUACAUAUAUUUGAGAAUCUUAAGGUAAUGGUCAUGGAAGAUAUGAUAUAUCUGAUACAUGUGCAAGGACUCGCCGAACAUGUUCAUUCAACUUUAAAUUCCAAAUUCACACUUCUCCUUGUGGACAUUGAACAGGACCCUCCCAAGAUGAUAGUAGAUGCUGAGAAAAGUUCACUGGGUUUGCAGCUUAAAUCAAUUCAAAAGUUGUUCUCAUCUUUGUUUUCUCAAGAUGAAACAGAAAGUGGCCCAUUACCAUCUGUUGGGGAAACCUGCACAACGGAUAUCAGAUCCUCUAUUCAUGGGAUUAGUUCUCAGUCUUCUGUCAUUGAUCUUAGUAACUUUUUGCAGCAUACUGAAAUCACUCUGCCAACUCUAAAUGGAUGGCUUCUUGGCUAUCCAAUUGUAUACCUUUUUGAUAAGGAGCACAUAUCUGAGGCUACUUACAAUCUUUCUGCUAAGCCUCUUCACAUCUUCAGAUUAUCAGUUAGCAGGAGAGGCGGUUCCACAAAAGAAUCUCAGCUAGAAGAGCUUCUAAGUUUCACAGUGCCUUAUGAGCUUAGCAUGAGAGGAGCGAAGGAGGCAUGGGCAGAGGCAUUUUUGGAAAGUAUGCAGCAAAAGUGGGAGAGAUGCAGUCAAGUGUGGGGUUCGUUGAGGAUGGAGGUUACUGAAUGUCAUGCACAGGCCAUUGUCUUGUAAAUUGUGAUCCUGCCAAUCAAGAAAAAGAAAUGAAAGAAUUGUAAUCUGCACAUAAACACCUGAACGAAACGGCAUCCUCUCUUGGCUCCCAUCUACUCCUAACUUCGUCUUGCAUUUUCAGGUCGACUCCAUUAUGUAUGGCAUUGAGAGCUCGAGAAUUUCUCAAGGAUUCCUGCUCCUCUGCAUCAGUCCAGGCUUCCUCUGGUUUUGGCACAGGCUUACCAUCAACAGUAACCGUAGGUGGUUUCCAUCCAAUUUUAACUGCUUUCCAGGCCUUUGCAUCCAGAGACUUUAGUAUUGAUUUCACAUCGAUCAAGUUCUUAGCAAAAUGGAGGUUUGAGCAGCUGGGGAACGUUGAGUGGUGUACACUUCGAAGCUUGAACAUGUGAGAUUGCUCAUUUGUUCGUGGCAGAAUGGUUUUUGAAUAAUGCAAGACUGUGUAUAAGUUAGAGUGGAGUGAGACAAUGGAUCCAUCAAGACUAGAGUUAGUAUUUUGCAUUUUGCAUCAAAUUUAGUAAUGAAAUUUCAAAGAUGUAUGUUGGGUAAUACAUUUUUAUAAAGAUAUCAUUGUAAUGUAGUUACCAACUAUAUAUUAUGUUAAAAUUCAAACAAACAUUUUUUAUUUUCCCAGAACUACAAA